AUGUGCAAGGAAACCAUCGAUCUUCCGCCCUCGGACAAAGACUCUGGAGAAUACAACUUCGUCGUGGUGAACGAUCUAAGCGAAGAUGAACGAUACCGAAAUCUCUCCUUCGUCAAGGGGGACCCUCAUUUUCGGUUCUAUGCGGGAACUCCUCUAACAACGGACACCAAAAUCAACAUUGGCUCCUUCUUCAUUCUCGACAAGAAACCUCGCGACGGACUGAACGACUCGGAGAGAGAAAUCAUGGGCUCGGUAGGGAUGCUGAUCAUGGACUACCUCCGGGUAAGCCGGCAAGCAUCUGAAGGUCGCCGUGCCGCGAGAUUAUCUCGCGGGCUGAGCUGCUUUGUCGAAGGGAGUUCCAGCUUCGUCGAGACGCCCCAGCCGUCUUACGCAGGUAGCGGCGUUCCCGGCACGCCGUCCUCCUCCAACUUGAGGGCUCACCACCUGUCGGUCGGAUCAUUGAAUAGCUUUGAGCUUCCCUCCCAGCGGUCACAGAGCAAUGAUGCCCGCUCCUUCAGCUCCGCCUCCGAUUACAGAGCCGACCAGUGCGCUUCCUCCGGACCGGAUACGCAGUUGCCGGAUUGGUGGGCGGGUAGUCGCCACAAGGUACAGGAGGAGUCCCACAGCAACACCUGGGCCUUUCGGCGGGCGGCCAAUCUGCUGCGGGAAAGCUUGGAGCUCGAAACUGAUGGCGGCGUGAUGUUCCUUGAGGCUACCAAUAGUCCCGUAACGAGCGAUAUCGAAACCGGCAGCGACUGCUCGGGAUUUGGGGAAGCUAGCAACCCAGCCCCCGUACUGGCAAUCUCCACUACCGAGGAGCCUUUUGCUCCGUGUCCGGGUUCGACGGUGCUGUAUCCAGCGACUAACCUCGAGGGCGGCUUCUUACAGCAACUGCUUCGGCGGUAUGUCAAGGGAAAGCUAUGGUCUUUCCAUCGCGAUGGGCUACUAACCAGUUCGGACGAUGAAAAACCGCGCAGGGUGCGCUCGCGUGUGACGAAAUCUUCGGAUUUGUCCCGGGGAAGUAGCAAAAAAUGGCGGGCCUAUGAAAACUCGAUGUUGAACCUCUACUUCCCCAAUGCCACCCAGGUGAUGUUUGUGCCUCUGUGGAACGCGGCCAACUCGCAAUGGUUUGGCGGUUGUUUCUGCUGGAAUACGGUGGAGACGCGCGUUUUUAGUCCGUCAGUCGAGCUCAGCUCGAUUCUCGGCUUCGGUUCCUCGGUCAUGGCGGAGUGCAACCGAGUGGAAUCUCUCAUCUCCGAUCGCCAGAAGGGCGACUUCAUCGGCAGCAUCUCGCACGAACUGCGAAGCCCUCUUCACGGCAUUCUUGCUGCUGCCGAGUUUCUCAGCGCUACGCAGCUCGACGAAUUCCAGGGAUCACUUUUGGAAACGAUCAAUGCAUGCGGCCGAACUUUGCUGGAUACGAUGAACCAAGUACUCGAUUUCAGCAAAAUCGUCUCGUUAGAAAAGUCGUGGCGCCACAUGAGACAGGGCCGCAUCGCCCCGGACUCCAAGCCCCUGGAGAAAGUAUCCGCCCAUCUGGAUACAUACAUGGCGACCGAUAUCGCGCUACUCGCCGAGGAAGUGGUGGAAGGAGUGUGCCUAGGACACUCUUACGGCCAGAAGUCUGCCGCCACGUACGACCAAUCUGUGCUGCUCUCAAACGCCGCGACGUUGCAGGCCAAUCUCUCCAAGGAAGCCGCCUCCCAGCCUCGCUCGGAUGUGGAGGUGAUCGUGGACAUCGCUCCGAACGACUGGACGUAUCUAUCUCAGCCGGGGGCUUUGCGGCGUAUCAUCAUGAACUUGUUUGGUAACGCCAUGAAAUACACCGAGGCCGGUCGCGUUUCGUUGCAUCUGGAGGUGACCGAAAUGUCGGACAGUCGCUCGCGUCGCCAGGGUGGGGAUGAUUUGGUGACUUUGACGGUGUCCGACACCGGGAAGGGGAUUUCCGAGGAGUUCUUGCGUGGACGCUUGUAUACGCCGUUUGCUCAAGAGGAUACCUUGGCAGUUGGAACAGGUUUGGGGUUGUCGAUUGUGCGAAGUUUGGUUCGGUCCUUGAAUGGCAGCAUCAAUAUUCACAGUCAGCCCGGGGAAGGAACUAUCGUGAAAGUGUCUCUACCGCUGUCGCGCAUUGAGGCGGGAGAUCCGUUCGAUCCUACCUUGGAUACGCGCACCCCUUCUCCCCGCGAGAAGCAAGGAAUAUGUGAAAGUCUCACCCUACGCGACACCCACGCCGGCCGACGAGCAGCGAUUUUCGGUGUCAGCCCCGAGGCUGCCGCACAACACCCUCUCUGGUCCACUAUCUCCCGCUAUCUCACGGACUGGUAUGGCCUCGAGCUGGUUUCCUGGCCGUCUGGCACGCCAUCCGACGUUGUCCUUGUCGAUGAUGCGGCCUUGUCGGCCAACACCUGCCAAACCCUCCACACCCUCCGACACUCGGUCCCCGCACUUCUCGUUCUUUGCAAUCAGUCGAUCGAUCACAAGCAGAUACAAGGUCAAUACGCAUCGCUAGCCAAAGUCGUGAAGAUUAUACACCGCCCCUGCGGGCCACAGAAGCUCGCUCAAAGCAUCCGUCGGUGUCUGGAAGCGCAGUUGGGCUCGUCGACAACGACACCAGAGCAAAUUACCCUCCCGAGACGGCCGCACCCACGCACAUUCAUGCCCCCACACGACACCGAGAAGACCACGUCCGAGGCUAAGUUCUUGAAUUUCUCCGACAGCGUCACCGACCUCACCCCGGACUCGGGUAGUUCGGGCGCGUCGUCCUCAUUGGGGACCCAGUCACCGGGCCAAGAGAUUGAGCAGCCGUUAGCCACCAUCGUCUCACCGCCGUCUCCUUUCCAAGGGUCACCGCGCCAUCCGGAAUUAGUCUCUGAGUCACCUACGUUUGAGGAUGAAAAGUCUAAACCCGUGGUGACAGCCGUAGAGCCAUCCGAGCCACGGCGGGCGCGAGUCCUCGUGGUCGAUGACAAUUCCAUCAACUUGAAGCUGAUGCUCACAUUCAUGAAAAAGCGGAAUUUGGAGACUUUGGACGCGGCAGAGAAUGGAAAAUUAGCGGUGGAGGCGGUGGAACGACUUGCGGAGGGAUAUGAUUUGAUCUUCAUGGACAUGUCGAUGCCUGUCAUGGACGGGUUCGAAGCUACGCGAGCCAUACGCUCUCUUGAAAAAGAGCGAGAUGGCGAAUCCGCUAUCAUUAUCGCCUUGACGGGGCUCAGCAGUUCCCGUGACGAAUCCGACGCCCUUGCAUCAGGGGUGGAUCUAUUCCUGACCAAACCGGUGUCGUUCAAGGAAGUGUCGAGGUUGUUAGAGGAGUGGGAGGGGGACGGGCUACGGCAACGAUGCACGUAG